AUGUUUCUAUUAGAAACCGAUCCAUGCGCUAGUAACCCGUGCCAAAAUAACGCGACAUGUAGUGCUGUAAAUGGGAAUGGCUAUCAGUGUGUCUGUACACCUGAUACAACCGGAAUUAAUUGUGAAAACCGUGAUCCGUGCGCCGCCAAUCCUUGUCUCAAUAGUGGCCAAUGUAUUACGAAUAGUUAUGGCGGAUUUUCAUGUAGUUGUAUUCAACCAUACACCGGACAGCGUUGUGAAGAUCGCAUUGAUCCUUGUGCCAAUCAACCUUGUCGAAAUGGUGCUACCUGCUAUCCAUCCAACACCAAUUCUUAUCAAUGUCUCUGUGCAGUAGGAUACACUGGCGUUGACUGUUCAACACGUAAGUCAUGCAUGUUUCUCUGCUAGAAUGGAUUCGUUUUUCAUCGAUGAAUGAGCAUGUAGGUGA